CCUUGCCUUUUUACAGACGUUCGUAUUUAUACUUUUUCAAAGGAGCAAAUAGCAGGAUUUCUUCAAAUUUUGUAUCGAAAAGUGCAAGUAUCGCCGAAAAGCAGUGUUCCCACGUUUUGCUAAAAUCUUUUUCCGACGAACAACAUGUGGUCCGAUACGCUGCUGAUAGUUUUUAUUUCAAUCUUUACCGCACUUUUGGGAGAAGGUCUGACGUGGGUGAUGGUAUACCGGACAGAGAAAUAUCAGAAACUGAAAGGAGAAGUAGAGAAACAGAGCAAAAAAUUGGAGAAGCGAAAAGAAAUUCUAGGAGAAUCCUUAGAUAAGAGCCAUAAAAAGAAAAUCGAACGCGAUGAAGAAAAGUUGAAGAACAACAAUCGCGAUCUAUCGCUUGUGAAGAUGAAGUCAAUGUUUGCCAUCGGUUUUGCCUUCACAGCGCUUCUCAGCAUGUUCAACAGCAUCUUUGAUGGCCGAAUCGUAGCACGGUUACCAUUUGUGCCAAUCUCUUGGAUUCAGGGUCUGAGCCACCGGAACCUGCCCGGUGAUGAUUACACGGAAUGUUCAUUCAUUUUCCUGUACAUCCUAUGCACGAUGUCCAUUCGUCAGAAUAUACAGAAAAUGCUUGGCUUUGCACCAUCGCGAGCUGCGAGCAAACAGGCUGGUGGUUUGUUCGGCCCUACACCGGGCCAAUUCAAGUGAACUGUGGCCAUUACACUGGUAUUCUGUGAGUCUCCUGCGUGUUUGACGAGCGGACAAAACAGCCUGUACCUCUCCUACUAAAUUGUUCUUCUCCCAACGAUGCGAUUACUUUACGUACGUAAGUUUAUGUUUGUUCUCAAUUAAUUUUUUUGUUAAAGUAGCAUAGCGCCAAUGUUCAUCGAUGUAUUGGAGUGAGAUUAAAUAAAUUCCUCGGCCAAGGACGAUUUAAAAUAUCA